ACGCAAACAUUAAUACUGUUAUUAAUUUGCAAUUCGCCUUUGCUUUGUUUAUUCCUUGACAACUUGGGAAUUGUCUUUCAGCGGAAUCAAAACGGCAAAUUCCCUCCAGCCAAGCGAAAAUCAAUAUCUUCAUCUGGAACACAACCUCGAUUCGCUCCUCUUUGCCUCUCGUUCUAAGUUUUGUCUCCAUCCAUUUGGCGGGCGUUUUUUGUUGAAAUCAACUGCUAGGUUUCGCAGAACCGCCAAGAACAACGACAAAUGGAUUGGGGUAACGUGACCGCGGAGGAUCUAGUCGAUGCGCUCCGGGAAGUUGACUGGUCGUCGCCGCCCCGCCCUCUCUCUGAGUUCUUGUCCAGGUUUACCGUUCCUAGAUCCUCCGCUACGUGGAACAGCCGCCUCAAAUGCAAUCUAUACUAUUACAGGACCAACUACUUCAUUAUGAUCAUUCUCAUCCUUGGUUUGGGUUUCCUCAGGAGGCCUCUUGCUAUAGUGGCUGCUCUUUUAACAGCUCUCAGCAUUGCAUUUCUGAAUGACAGCUUUGCAGGUACUUUCAGUGAGAAGGUUACAAGAACAUUGAGGCAGUUUUCUCCACAUUUAGCGGCAAAAAUGAGGCCUCCUCUUACGCCUGUCAUCCGUGGACGUCCAUCAGCGAAAAGAGCAAUUUAUAUAUGUGGUCGCUCUCGUUGGGUGUUUGUCCUGAUAUUUUCUGCUGGUAUUCAGAAACUUAGGCAGUUUUAUGUUGGCCUCCUUACUGUUUUGUGGGCACUUGCAAUUGGACUACUUGCCAUUUUUAUCCAUGCAAGCUUUAGAACACCUAAUCUGAAAGCACGUCUAAACACAUUCCGGGAGGAAUUUUGAGCAGUUUGGCGUAAUUACAGUGAGCUAUAAGAUUGGCCGAGUCGGAAUUUGUAGCAUGGUUUUGACGGGGCAUGGAUUUGAAUCUUGCCUGAAGAAAAUAUGUUUCUGAUGACAACUUUUCUUUUCGCUAUCAAUUGGUAUCUUUAAGGCAGUGGAGUGUGGUUCUCACUUCUCACCAUGUGAUGGACAAUGAAGUAUUGAGUGGCUUGGAUGAAUAAUUUAGAUUGAUAUGCGGUUGAAGUUCAUUCACUUGUUGAUAUCUUUUGUCAGGACCUCUUGUUCUGUAAAGAAAUUGUGUGUUAUAACCCGUACCGGAGAAAGCAUUUGUGGGUAUGUUAAUUUAUCCUGAAGUCCACUAUCUUGCUCUUGUUUUAAUUACUUGCUUGCAUGUGUUAUUGUGAAUGACCUUUUCCAGAGUGUUUGGUAUUAGCAAUGGGAGCCAGCCCGAGUGCGUGGCAUCCUUCCUCUGAUACAGUGUUCCCUAUCGACUAAUAGUUUUGCUGUGUGAUAUCCCAGUUUUGGAUCUCGAAGCAGUUUGAACCGAAUCACAGAUUUUGUGAUGUCAAGGAACUGAUUGUAAUGCUGUAACGGUAAAUAAGUUUGUUUAUUACUAAUUUCUGCCUACUUCGGGUUUAGAAAAUAGAGAUGGAAGGAGUGCCACCGCCACGUGUGUAUGUGUUCGAAUGUCAAUAGGGGAUGCGUUGAGUUCAUGUUUGGUUAACCCGACAUCGGUGGAAGAUCUUUCACUCUUUAAUGGAAAAGAGUGGAAUCGAUGAAAGUUAUCUACUUAUCUUUUAUAUUCUCUUUUGUGUGCCGACUAUUCCUCCUUUUUGACGUCUGAGAUCAACCCUACAGGCCUUUUCCUUCUUCCUUGAGUUUUAUUCUAAGUAUCUUUUUCACCAAGUCCCAGCCCAAACUUGCUUUCAUUCAAUUCAAAUUUUAUUUUGUGCGAGACAUAAUUAAGUAAUUUAUAUUUUUCUUUUCUUUUAA